CAUUGUAGUCAAAAAAAAAAGAAGACAUAUGAGCAUCUUUAACAUCUUAUUGCAGAAUCAAUCCAAUGAGACUGUCCGCGGCAACUACUUCAAUGGCAAAAUAAAUGACCAAUCUACAUUAAAUGUUGGCUGUGAUUUGGGUAAGAUGGAAUCAUGUCAAAAUAUAGACUCAAAGGAGCAUCUUAAACAUCUCAUUGGAGCAUCAAUCAAUUCACCUUCACAGUCUAAAGAGAUUGUCCGAGACAACUAUUCGAAAGACAAAAUAAAUGACCAUUCCUCAUUAAAUGCAGGCUCCGAAAUGUUUGCGAUGGCAUGUGAUCAAGAUGUAGACUCAAAAGAGCAUCUUAAACAUCUCAUUGGAUCAUCAAACGAAUUACUUCCCCAAACCAAUAAGAAUGUCCGAGGCAACUUUUUCAAAGGACAAAUAAAUGACCAAUCUACUUUAAAUGUUGGCGGUGGUAUGGGUGAGAAGGAAUCUAGUCAAGAUAUCGACUCAAAAGAGCAUCUAAAACAUCUCAUUGGAGCAUCAAUCAAUUUUCCUCCACAAUCCAAUGAGACUGUCGAUGGGAACUAUUCAAAAGACAAAAUUAACGACCAGGCUACAUUAAAUGUUGGCUGUAGUGUGUUUGACUUGGAAUCUAGUCAAGAUAUAGACUCGAAAGAGCAUCUAAAACAGCUCAUUGGAGCAUCAAUCAAUUUUCCUCCGCAAUCCAAUGAGGCUGUCCAUGGCAACUAUUUUAAAGACAAAAUUAAAGAGCAGUCUAUAUUAACUGCAGGUUCCGAACAGGUUGGGAUGGCAUGUGAUCAAGAUACGGACUCAAAAGAGCAUCUUAAACGUCUCAUUGCCGUGUCAAUCCAUUUACCUCCACAAUCUAAAGAGAUUGUCCGAAGCAACUAUUUCAAGGACAAAACAAGUCACCAAAUGGGAGGAAACACUAGGUUUCAAAUAGUCUGUACUGAAAAUGAAGGUUCUGAAGAAUGUCAUCAGUAUAACAAUACAGAGUCAUUCUGUUUGCCUUCAACAUCAAAUCAGACUGUUCAAGCCCAUGGUUUCACUGGCAAAAGGAGUAACAAAUCCAAAAGAAAUGCAAAUUGCGAGAUGAGUGAAAGGGCAUAUGCUAAAGGUGAAAGUUCGUAUGAACAUCUAAAACUUCCCAGUUCAGGAUCAUUCCAUUUGCCUUCUUCCAAUGAGAUUAUCCUGGGCAAUAAUUUCGAUGACAAAUUUGUCGACCAGUCCAUAGAACCACAUGAAAUGUGUGAAGUGAUAUUUAGGGAGGGAAAAGAUGUGGAAAAGCCUAAAAGCAUUCUAUUUGCAGGAGCACUGCCUUCCAUCCUGUACAGAGGAAGGAAAAGUGCUAAUAAUGGUCUGUUAGUUAAUCCAUUGCCUUAUUGUGAAGAGAUGCCACGAUGUGAAAUCUGUGGAAAGAUGUUUUUCAGCGAAAAUGAGUUGAAAUCACAUUUCGGUACUCAUUAUAAAAAAUACUCUUACUCUGCUCACAAUAAAGUUAUUCCUCAAAGUAAAAUUCUAGUGGACCGGACUAGGGUUAGAAAAAGUUCACUAAGGGGUGUCUCAUCCAGUGAAGAAUCUCAUUUUAAACUGCAGGAAAAGAGCCGAGCUAAACAAACAUCUUAUGUGUGUUUCUUUUGUCGUAAAUCAUUUACCGAGUUUAAGGAUCUGGAUGAACAUGUCAAAUAUCACCGUAGAAAAGAACCUUAUUCCUGUAUAUUUUGCAAAGAGGUGUUUGGGCUUGUGUCAGAGCUAGAAAUUCAUGAAAGAACUCACGUCAUAGAGCAACGGUAUUCCUGUUAUUAUUGCGAAAGCAAGUUUGCACGCCACAGAGAGUUGAAAGAGCAUUUGCUCGUACAUACUGGAAAAAAGGCUUUUGUUUGCAUGUAUUGCAACAAAAAGUGUUUAUGCUUAUCGCACUUGAAAACUCACAUGAUGAGUGCUUGUCGAGUGCUGGGACAUACUGGGCGGCCAAAGGAGGAGGAGGAAAGACCAGCUAGAGGGUGCCCAAAGAGGACAGUUGAAAUACCAGUUAGAGGGCACCCAAAGAGAGCGGGAGAAAGACCAGCUAGAGGGCGCCCAAAGAAGGCAUUGGAAAAACCAACUAGAGGUAGAGGACGCCCAAAGAAAGGGCUGGAAAGACCAACUAGAGGUAGAGGACGCCCAAAGAAGGCAGUGGAAAAACCAGCUAGAGGGCCUAUAGUUUUGCAGAUCAAUGGUGUAUCCAUACAAUAAUUGAGAGGGAGGGGUGACUAAUGCCUUAUAUGGGAGUAGGGGGGUGUGUUUUGAAAAUAACGUUUUAAAAAAAGUUAAGAAAUGAAGCAUGUCAUUUCGUACGAUUAAAAGAGUUUAAAUGAAAAUUAAUCGUUUCAAGUGUCAAGAAUAAAAAUAAAGUAUUUUGCCAGUAUUCUGGAUCGAUUAACUUUACUCAAACCGUUCAACUAUUGAUUUGUUUGAGGACUCCGAAUGUAUUUUUGAUAAUCUAUUAAAUCUUUAAUGGUAUUUUUUUUCAUUGUAAAUUAAAGGUAUUAAUAUCAGAACAACAUCUCUUUUUUCCUUUUUUGUUUGAAAAGAAGUGUCUCUCGGGAAAAUUUUAUGGAUUAGAGUCCAAAAAACGCAAUUGUAGGCUGUUUUUGA